AUGGGAGUAGAUGAAGAGGCGAAGGCUGAGUUGACUGCAUAUCAACUCAAGGAUGUGGCACAGAUUUGGUACCAGAUGUGGGCUGAUAGCCGAGCACGUGGAGAUGUUCCCAUCAUUUGGAAUGUUCUCAAGACUGCCUUUCUGGAGAGAUUCUUCCCAAGAGAGCAACAAGAAGCCAAGGUUGAAGAGUUCAUAAACCUGAGACAGGGAGGUAUGUCAGUCAAGGAGUAUUCCUUGAAAUUCGUUAAACUCUCAAAGCAUACUUCUUCUCUUGUGGAAAAUAGCAGGGAUGAAAUGGGCAAGUUUGUGAUUGGCGUGUCGGAGGAUCUAGUUGAAGAUUGUCGUGCAGCCAUGUUGCAUGAUAGCAUGGAUCUGGGCAGCUCGGGUAGGGGCUCAUUUGGAGUCCAGAACAGGCCUAAGUUCAAGAGAUAUUCAGGUCUGCUUCUUCAGGGAAUUCGAAUGCCAAAGUGA